GACACACACGGCGCCGUCGCGCCCUGACGACGUCACCACCCGCGCGCCGUCGCGCUGAGUGACGUCAUCACCCGCACGACGCCGCGUGAGAGGAGGGCGUCAUGGCGGCCGCGGCGUGCUCUAAGCGGCCCCUGCAGCUGACGCUGGCGCUGCUGAAGCCGGACGCCGUUGCCCACCCGCUGGUGCUGGAGGCCGUGCAUGAGACCAUCCUCAGCAACCGCCUCCUCAUCGUGCGCGCCAAGGAGCUGCGCUGCGGGCGGGAACAGAGCCGCCGCUUUUACCGGGAGCACGCGGGGCGAUUCUUCUACCAGCGGCUGGUGGAGUUCAUGGCCAGUGGCCCCAUGUGGGCUUAUAUCUUGGCCCAUGAGAAUGCCAUCUCCCUCUGGAGAUCCCUGAUGGGACCCACCAAAGUGUUCCGAGCUCGAAACUGUGUCCCAAACUCCAUCCGAGGAGCUUAUGGCCUCACUGACACCAGGAAUACCACCCAUGGUUCAGAUUCCCCAGUGUCAGCCAGCAGGGAAAUUGCCUUCUUCUUCCCAGAGUUCAAUGAACAGCUGUGGUACCAGCAGGAGGAGCCACGUCUGCGCUGUGGGCAGAUGUAUUACAAUGCAGAGAAGCGUGUCCACUGUGUGAUCAGGGGAGAAGAAACAGAGAUGACAUGAGUUACAUGGGAGUAUGGUCUGCUGAGCUGGCUUUAGCUGCUAGCCACACUGCUUGGGUCAGUCCCAUAACAAGACACAGGGUCAUGACGUGUCUUAAGGACUGUGGGGAAAGGGAAGGCAGAUGAGCAUCGUGCUGUGCUGCUCAGGACUGUGAUUUGUGCUGGGACACUCCUGAAACAACUUCUCCACUAGCAGUACUGAAAGUCAACACAGAGAUAAAGCCAUGCACUUCCCCAGCCCUCGUGUGCUUAUCUGUGUGUGAGCAGUGCAGGUGAACUCUGAGGACUUGGCAGCUAGGGGACGAUGAGCGUUGCUGAUAGUAGGCCUGUAUUCUUAUUGUUUGCUCUGUUCUCUCCUUCCCUUAUGAAGGGUUUAAUGGGAUUAAUAUGGAAAAAAAAUGCAGUGGUGAGCAGAGCAGUGGUAACUCUUCUGUUAUUGCUUUCCUGGAUCCAAGCUGGGAGGAAAGGUGGCCUUCAAACUCAUAUAAAAAUUCUUAUUGUAGGCACCUGCUGGAGGCACAGUUGGAAGUUGUUCUCAGUAGGAAAGCAGUUCCUUUUAGUCUGGGCUGACAACCCUAUGGCUGAUCUUCUAGCAGUGAUUGCAGAAAGUGUGGAGGAUCAUAAAUUGUUUGCUUUUAGCUUUUCUGGAACGCGGGGUUGGUGGCUCUGAUGGAACCCAAGAGUGGCUGUUAGAACUGCGAAUAUUGGGAGUGUGCAAUAAAGGCCAAAAGUCUGUGAUUCAGUGCAGGUACGCAGACACCACCAGAGUUCUGUCUGGAGCUCUUUACAUUCAGCCUCAUAACAGAACACCCAGUGGUGACUCAGAGACCAAAUUGCUUCUGGGUUUGCUGUGAGCUGAGGCACAGAGUUCCACAUCCUUUGCACAGUUGUGUUCCAAGUGUUUCAGCCAUCAGAUCGUUGGUGUGCUGGGGCACGAGGACUUGGGUUUGAGUUACUGUGGAAGUUCUGUGCUCACUUAUGUUCUCCCAUCUAAUACAUUUUGAGAUCUGCCCAUGCGUGAGUCCUUAAUCCAUUUCAACUGUCCCCUCGUAGUUUAUUCCAAUACUGAUGACUUUUAAGAAUCGAGGUACUGAGUGAACUUUCUUUCACGUAAUUCCAAAUGCACUGAAUCAGAGGAGGGACCCUGGGAAUCUACUUAGGGUGAGUUUGUUUGCCUGACUCCCCAUUCUGAUGUAAAGCACGAGCGUCAGUGAUGCUGAAGCUGUGCUGAUUGAGUCCCAAAUUAAUUAACACUCUGGUCUGUCACGGAUCCCAAACAAGUUGCUCUUUGAUUAGUUUAAGACCACUGUGCUUGAGAAAAUGUAAGUUGUCAAAGUGCUGCCACCCAGCUUCCUCAAUUCAGUACCCUUGUGUCGUUCUUUCCUUGCUGUUAUAGGAGAUUAAACACUGCCAUCAUUUUGUUUCGGGCACAGAUCAAAAGAAUCUGCUGAAUAUGUCUGCAUUUCUGCCUUGCUGCUUUUAUUUUCACCAGCAGUUCCCAAAGGUGGAUCUGUUGAUGACAUGAAUUUACCCACACCUGAAUUCUUGCUGUCAGUGAUGAUUGAUUCGUUGUUGGUUCCCCAGAUGCUGGAUGUUGUGUGCUUAUUUCUGGUAACUACUGAUCUUUACUAUUUCUCUCCAGCUCCCUUCUUUACAUCAUUUGCUUUUAUGACGUUAAUUGGGGAUGUCAUUACGUGGUAACUCUUUGUUCAUCUGAAAUGUUUCUUUUGCACAAUCCCUGAAACAAAACCUCGAAUUUCAAGUACUGAUCCUCCAUCUCAGUGCCACGUUUUCAGGUACUGUUACAGAUCCUGGUUGGCACUGCUUGGGUAAUUGUCACAUUAGUGCUGACAGGGAUAAGGAAUUGGUUGAAAGGCUGCAGACAGAGGCUGUGAUGAGUGGUUCUGUGUCCAGGUGAGGCUGGUAAGGAGUGCUGUCCCCCAGGGGUCUGCCUUGGGACCAGCAAUCUUUAACAUCUUCAUCAGUGACAUCAGCGAUGGAAUUGAGUGCAUCCUCAGCAGACACAUGGAUGGAGGGGCUGCCGUUCAGAGAGACCUCAGCAGACUUGAAAGGUGGGCCUGGGUGAACCUAAUGGGGGUCAACACAGCAGUGUGUGAGGUUUGGGAUUUGGGCCGGAGGAAUCCCAGGCACCCAUAAGACUGGAAGGAGCAGAACUUGAGAGCAGCCCUGCAAGAAGGACCUGGGGGUCCUGAUGGAUGAAAAGCUGAACAUGAGCCAGCAGUGUGACCUUGUAGCUCUGAAAGUAAAUGGGAUCCUGGGUUCCAUCAGCAGAGGGGUGGCAGCAGGGACAGGGAGGUGAUUGUCCCCCUCUGCUCUGCUCUUGUGAGGCCCCAUCUGCAGCACUGCAUCCAGGGCUGGGGGCCCCAAUACAAGAAGGACAGGGAGCUGUUGGAGAGGGUGCAGAGGAGCCACAGAGAUGAGCAGGGGGCUGCAGCACCGCCCUGCAAAGCCAGGCUGAGGGAGCUGGGCUGUUCAGCACGGAGAAGAGAAGCUGGGGGUGAGCUGAGUGCAGCUGCAGGAGCUGAAGGGAGCCUGCAGCCAGGAGGGGAGUCAACUGCUGGAAAGGGGAGAUGGCAGCAGGACAAGGGGAAAUGGCUGGAAGCUGAGGGAGGGCAGCUGGAGGUUGGAUGUCAGGGGGAAGUUGUGUGCUGUGAGAGCGGGGAGGGGCUGGAACAGCUGCCCAGAGAGGCUGUGAUGCCCCGUCCAUCCCUGGAGGUGUUGGAGGCCAGGUUGGAUGGGGCCCUGGGCAGCCUGGGCUGCUGUGCAAUGGGGAGGUUGGUGGCCCUGCGUGUGGCUGCAGGGUUGGAGCUUUGUGAGCCUUGAGGUCCCUUCCAACCCAAACCAUUCUGUGAUGAUUCUAUGACUGUUUGUCUUUGGUCCACCUCAGUCCCAUUUCCCCAAUCAAGGUGUUUGUUUUGCGAAACAGAAGAUGCUCUAAAAUUCAUCAGGAGAUCUAAUCCUGAAAUAAUUGGUGUUGGGUGCGAGAGGCAAUGUCAGGUGUGGAUUUUUAGCAUAAGGAAGCCCUUGCAUUUAGGAUGACAGCAGAUGUUCUCUAUUUCGGGUACUCUGCUAAAAGUCUUUUUUCCUCCUUGCUUGGAAGAGAGCAAAAUAAGCUUUUUUUGCUGCUUCUGCAGUGACAUCCAGCAUCUGUUCUGUGCACCAUCUGGUGCCGUUUGGUCCUCUGACGAUGAGUCACCAUUGGUUUUGUAACUUCAAAUGGUUUAAAUUCAAAACAGCUUCUCGUUCCAUUUCUCACCUUUCUCUCCCUCAUUCCCUCCCUCAUUGAUCUGUUCUUACAGAACAAAUGGAGAACAGAUUCCGUUCCCUCCUUCAGGAUUUUUGCUUGCUUUGUUUGAACUGCAGAUGCUGUGGCUUAACAAACAAAGGCAAAACUUCCAGAUGCUGGUUUAGCAUAACAUUACAGAUUCUGUUGCUGCAACAACAGCACAGUGGGGCAUUGGGAUUAAGGAAUGGGAGGAAGCAUUAGGCUGAGCCUGGGAAGGGGUUUCAUUGCUGUUCUUCAAAGCAGGUCAAGGAAUUGGUGAUGUCUGUUGGAUUUUGGUUUGCACAGCUUGCUGUCGCUCAGUCGUUCCAUACUGACCAUGCACUGUUCAGUUGUUCAGCUUUUUCCCCUUCUAACACUCAAAACCUUUGUGUGCACCUUUUCUUGGCUCAGAGUGUGGACACCCUGAAGACAGGAAGGCUGUUCUCCGCUUUCCAUUCCCCUUGCAUUGUGUGAUGAUGCAAUGGAUUGGUGCAAAUGCAAACAGUUUCAAAGUUAAGUUCUGAGCGAUGCACCCAACUUCUAACAGCUCCCUCCGGGCCUCGUUUACCCUCAUUUACUCAUUUACCCUGUGUCACACAGACACACAGGGCAGAAAAUUGGGGUGCUCUGGGCUUUCUGCCUGGCGCUGCCACCCCUGUGGAGGGAGCCCAGUGGGCAAGAAAACUUUUCUCUCCAAUUUGAACCUUCUAUUUAAAGCAUCUCAUUUAAAAGUGCAAUAAUUAGCUCCUGUGUCGGGCUUGGUGCCCUGGGCAAAAACCCCACAGGGUCUGUGCAGCGUGAGGAUGAGGGUGGUUGGGUCGCAGCUGUCCCAUAAUAAUCAGUGGGCAGGAGCUGCUUGCUGGUGGUGGGAGAGCCCUCCUCCCUUGUGCCUUUCUAAGCAGAAGCUGCCCAGGAAGGAACGCUGCCCCUGGGCUGGUGCUGGGGUUCUGUGCAGGGGUUACAUGGGCCCCAAACCCUGCACUGAGGGGCCACGUUGUGUGGUCUGAUGCAUUGUGCCUGCUCUUAACCCAACAUAACAUGCAUAAAUCAAGUCAGCUUUGGCCCAUUUUAGAGCUGGAUCAACCAUUGCCGCCCUUUUUUCCUGCAAUACGAGUACCAGCAGUGAAUCAAACAGAAUGAAGGUGCAACAAAUGAAGUCCCUUCGCUGCUACAGAGCAGCAUGAGGCACUGCUGUUUUCUUUUCAGCCAAAAAUCAGUCAUUUUAGAGAAAAGUGUUCCAUUAGUGCUUUCACAGGAUGAGGCAUUUGUUCUGCCUUGGGCAGUGCAAGCUGGAAAUACCAGCUCUCUCCUAUCCUUGCUUCUGGGCUGGCCUAGAUAACAAGGAGCUCCAGGCAACUCCUCUGCAAAAUCACAUCUUGAAGGAAACUCCUCGGAGGAAAGCAAUGAGGAAAAAUGUGAAAUGCUGUUCUGACAAAACCCAAUGGAAUUUAACUGUAGAGAUCAGACUCGUACUGGUGGAAAGGAGAUGCUUGUCCAGGCCCUGCCCAGGACACAGUUGAGGCUGCAGGAAGAGUCACAGAAUUGUAGGGGUUGGAAGGGACCUCCAGAGAUCAUGGAGUCCAACCCCCUGCCAAAGCAGGUUCCCUACACCAGGUUGUCCAUGGCCUGUGGGUGUGGAGCCAGCACUGGAGUGCUGGCACCCAGGGCUCAGGGUGGUUGAGGCAUUUGGACAGGCUGUGGGGGCUGGUGCUGCCUCCAGCAAAACCACCCAGUCCUCAUCGGGAGAAAUUCCUCCUGUGGUGCUGCCAGCUCCAACCAUCAGACAGGGACAGAGCACACCAAGGGCUCAGGAUCCCGCUCCCACGUUCCAGGCUCUGCUGUGCUCACCUGGGGUGCAAAUGGGCUGGCAGAAAUUCAAGGGGAGAGCUGCAUCUUCCUGCAGGAGCAUCUGGUGUUUGGGGUGGGAGCACAGCGUGCCUGGCCUCCUGCAGAACAGAGGGUGGUACAACGCACCCCAAAACACUGGGGCGACAGGAGGGGCACCGAGGUGA